CCGAGCCGAGCCGAAUCGUCCCGAACGGGACAAGUGUAACGUCUGAUUACAUUCGGCGAUGGACUGUCGCGAUAGUACACGCGAUCACCUUUGACAGUUCGCGGUGUACGAUCCGUCGUGGAGUACGAAUCGCGGUGUUGUACAUAAAAGUAAAUACGAUGCCGAGGCUUUAAGUCUGGAGGCAUCAAACGAGAACGGAAUCCAUCGGGGAACGUAACGGCUGUGUGCGUGCGUACGUACGCGCGCGUCAGUGCAGCUCACCUAUACCUGUAUCCGGGGAUUUCACGCACACGGACGUGCAUAGACGUACGAGUACAAUAUCCUUAGCCUUGGACGGACCACCGCCCGACCAGCGCUAGGACAAAGGACGGCGACGUCGGCGUCGCCGAGCACUCUCUCUCUCUCUUUCAUCGAUAUCAACCCUUUUUAUCUCUUUUAUAUCCACCUUUUUUUCCUACGCGUUUAAUCUAGCGGAAAUCUCACAUAUAUUUCUCGUAUGUACCACGUAUAGCUCUCUCUUUCUCUCUGUACUUUGUGUACGGUCCUCGAUCCUUUUAGCGACUUUCGAUAAUCGUCUUUUCGCUAAACUUCAUAUCUAGUCGCUCCGGCGAGUCUCGCCUUUUCUCCAUAUAGCAAGUGCUCGUAAAAUAAAAUAAAUACGCGUCGCCUCGCGUGCGUACGCGCCCGCACAACGAGCAAGUGAGCACCUUUCCUCUUUCUCUUGUUUUCUUCUUCAUCUACCUCCGUUUCCCUCUCCCCCCGCGACCCCCUUCCUCUUCCUUCCUCAAGUGCACUCCCUCGCGAACGUAGGCACUCCGUUAGUCCGUUCCUCUUCUCUCCACGGUACGGAACGGAGCAUCGUAUAGCGAGCGCCCUCUCGCUCCCUCCAGCAGCAGCGGCACGUCGUUUCCCGUCGACUCCGUCGUCUCGGAGGACAGAAUAUGGAGGCGAUAGCGAAGCACGACUUCACGGCGCCCGCCGAGGACGAGCUCAGCUUCCGCAGGAGCCAGGUCCUGAAGAUUCUAAAUAUGGAAGAUGAUAUGAAUUGGUAUAGAGCUGAAUUGGAUUCUAGAGAAGGACUUAUACCGAGUAAUUACAUCGAGAUGAAGAGCCAUGAUUGGUAUUAUGGCAGGAUAACCAGAGCAGACGCUGAAAGAUUAUUGAUGAACAAACAUGAAGGUGCCUUUCUGAUCAGAAUCAGUGAAAGCUCUCCUGGUGAUUUUUCCUUAUCCGUAAAAUGCUCCGACGGUGUGCAGCAUUUCAAAGUAUUAAGAGACGCACAAGGCAAGUUCUUUUUAUGGGUUGUCAAAUUUAACAGCCUUAAUGAACUGGUGGAAUAUCAUCGUACAGCGUCUGUUUCUCGCUCACAGGAUGUUAAGCUGCGUGAUAUGGUCCCUGAGGAGUGUUUGGUACAAGCACUUUACGAUUUUGCACCGCAAGAGCCUGGCGAAUUAGAGUUCCGACGAGGAGAUGUAAUUACUGUCACAGAUCGUACAGAUCAGCAUUGGUGGCAUGGAGAAAUCGGAAAUAGGCGGGGACUUUUUCCGUCCACCUAUGUCACGCCAUACCACUCCUAGGCCUCAUAUGGCCGAACGCACAGAGGCCGUUAUUGGGAACAGUGGCCGCCUUAUCCCACCUCUAUCACUUACAGGAUCCGAGUUGCCGCGGAUUUGAUAAACAAUAUUUUACAAACCUCACCUAUCGAAUGGGCCACUAAAGUAUACUGGUGGUCACGCCGAAAAGUCUUCUAAGUAAACACGACUAAAAAUGAAUCGAAUUUAUCCUAACACCAAAAUCCUUGAAUACCGAAGAAUAAACGUCGCGUUUAUUUAAUCGAUGAAAAAGAAAGAGAAAGAGAAAAUCAUCGAUAUCACAUCGAUAUCACAUCGAAACAUCUAAACAUGAGGAUAUAACAACAUCUAGAAUUUAAGGACGAUCUGAGUAUUUAAAGAUGUUUGACGAUAUCCGAGGAUCCGAAGAUCUCUGAUAUUAUCCGGGGAUUGAAGAAUUCAUGCUUUUACGAACGUCUAGGGAUGAAAAAAUGCCUAAAAGAUGCCUAAGGAUCUAAGGAUUCAAGCAUUUAUAGAAUUCUAACAGUUUACAAUGAUCCUUUGUCUAAGAGUUAUCUCUAAGUAUCAAUGGAUAUCCCCAAGGAUCUAAGGGUCUCUCGCGCGGUCUCUCUCCGCCUGCAAUGGGAAUCGCGUUCGAGGAUAACUGAAUAUGUAUAUUUUUGUUUUCCUUUUUUUGUAAACCUUUUUGAGGACUCUAUACUUUUUCUUUACUUAUUGCGUAAA